AGCAACGUGCGGGGAGGGAGCACCCGCCUGGGGACCAGACUGGAAGAUGCCUGGGGGCCCGGGCGCGCCCUCCUCUCCCGCAGCAUCCUCAGGCUCCUCGCGUGCCGUGCCGUCUGGGAUCACGGCAUGCCCGCUGCCCACACCUCCACUGGCCCGGGGGUCUCCGCAAGCUUCCGGUCCCCGGCGCGGCGCCAGUGUCCCACAGAAGCUGGCGGAGACUCUGAGCAGCCAGUAUGGGUUGAACGUGUUCGUGGCGGGGCUGCUGUUCCUGCUAGCCUGGGCGGUGCACGCGGCGGGUGUGGGCAAGAGCGACCUGCUGUGCGUACUAACCGCGCUCAUGCUGCUACAGCUGCUCUGGAUGCUGUGGUACGUGGGCCGCAGCUACGUGCAGCGCCGCCUCAUCCGCCCCAAGGACACGCACGCGGGUGCGCGCUGGCUCCGCGGAAGCAUCACAUUGUUUGCAUUCAUCACCAUCAUCCUGGGAUGCUUGAAAGUCGCAUACUUCAUUGGAUUUUCUGAGUGCUUGUCAGCCACUGAGGGAGUUUUCCCGGUCACCCAUGCAGUGCAUACACUGUUGCAGGUCUAUUUUCUCUGGAGCCAUGCUAAGGAUAUUAUCCUGUCUUUCAAAACACUGGAAAGGUUCGGUGUGAUCCACUCGGUGUUUACGAACCUGUUGCUGUGGGCCAACAGCGUCCUGAAUGAGUCAAAACACCAGCUGAAUGAGCACAAGGAACGGCUGAUCACUCUGGGCUUUGGCAACAUCACUAUAGUUUUGGAUGACCACACACCACAGUGUAACUGCACCCCGCCUGCCCUCUGCUCCGCCCUCUCCCACGGGAUCUACUAUCUGUACCCCUUCAACAUCGAGUACCAGAUCCUGGCCUCCACCAUGCUCUACGUGCUAUGGAAGAACAUUGGACGCAGGGUGGACAGCCCCCGGCACCAGAAGAUGCGGUGUAGAUUCGACGGGGUCCUGGUGGGCUCGGUGCUGGGCCUCACAGUGCUGGCUGCCACCAUCGCGGUGGUUGUGGUGUACAUGAUCCACAUCGGGCGCUCCAAGUCCAAGAGUGAAUCGGCGCUCAUCAUGUUCUAUUUGUACGCUAUCACAGUGCUGUUGCUCAUGGGGGCCGCUGGGCUGGUAGGAAGCUGGAUAUACAGGGUGGAUGAGAAAUCCCUGGAUGAGUCCAAGAACCCAGCCCGCAAGCUGGAUGUCGACCUCUUGGUGGCCACAGCGUCGGGCUCAUGGCUCCUCUCCUGGGGCUCCAUCCUGGCCAUCGCCUGUGCUGAGACCCGCCCACCCUACACCUGGUACAAUCUGCCUUACUCUGUCCUGGUGAUCGUGGAGAAGUAUGUUCAGAACAUUUUCAUCAUCGAGUCGGUGCACCGCGAGCCUGAGGGGGUGCCCGAGGACGUGCGCACCCUGCGCGUGGUCACUGUCUGCAGUGGCGAGGCUGCCGCGCUGGCUGCAGCCAGUCUCGGGAGCCAGGGGAUCGCCCGGGAUGGGUCACCUGCGGUCAAUGGGAACCUGUGUCUGCGCCAGGGAUGCGGUAAAGAGGACCAGGAGGCUGGCUGGGAAGGAGCUGCGGGCACAACCCGCUGCCAGGACUUCCUGCAGGGAGGCGUCAAGAGGAGGCUGCUCAGAAACAUCACGGCCUUUCUGUUCCUUUGCAACAUCUCGCUUUGGAUCCCUCCUGCCUUUGGCUGCCGCCCCGAGUAUGACAACGGAUUGGAGGAAAUUGUCUUUGGCUUUGAACCCUGGAUAAUUGUGGUCAACCUGGCCAUGCCCUUCUCCAUUUUCUACAGGAUGCACGCAGCUGCUGCCCUCUUCGAGGUCUAUUGUAAGAUCUAGCUUGAGUCUCCAUGAAAGGAGAAGGGACUCGGGAACAAGGGACUCUGCAGCCACCUGCGAAGGGCUGGGCUGAGCAAACACUCUGACAAAGGCAGGCAGGGUGCCUUUUAUCUGCUCGACUGUCUGGAGGUGGCCUUGCCCUGGCUGAGCCUGAACAGUUAGAUCCACAGCACAGGUGGCUGGAGCCUGUCCUUAGCCAGUUCCGAUUAGGCCCAAAGCGACCUGAUCUCUUCUUGGCUGAGACCCCGUGUUUGAGAAGAAGGCAAUCCAAGUUUUGGGGAAAAAUGAUGAAGUUUUUUCAUAACAAGCAUUUUCUUGUAUGUAAUUUAUUAUGGGACUGUGUACAACUUUUUCCUGGCCAUCGGUGUAACAAUCAAUUUAAUUUUUUUUUCCUUCUCAGGAUUACUGAAUUUGGAAACAAAUGCAGUUUAAUUUAUAGUUUAGUAUUUGAGUUGGCUUAAUUUGGGGGGCAAAAUUACUUUUAAUCAACUGCAUGAGAAUUUGGUUUUAGAUUAAUGCAAACACAUGGCGUUACCUAAAAUUUUGGUUCAUUUUUAUGUGUGAUCAUAUUGGAGUAUUAAAACAUAGACAUUGCUGUUCUCUUUUUUUUUGGGCUACAUUUAUACCAGUUUAUUAUACAGAAAUUCUGCACAUUCUGGAAAAGUAGAGAGGAAAAAAUACCCAUAUUGCAUUGUUAACAAUUAUUUUGGAUAUUGUGGUGUAUCCCUUGUCUGUGAUGGCAUGAAGACUUCUUUACUGUUGUGCUUGCUAGUGACAACCUGACAUUUCUAAUUUUGUCUUCAUGCUUUCCUACUCAACACUAGGAUGAUACUUUCUCUCAUUGUCAUAAAUUCCUCGCAAAUAUCAUUUUACUGCUCUCCGUUUAUCAAAUGAAUGUGCCACAAUUAACUUUCCUCAACUUUUUUUUUUUAUUUUAGAGCACUAAAAAUUUGCUUUCCUAAGUGGCCCUGUGAAAAUCAACCAUGUUUGUGAAAUGUUUCUUUCAUUAAAAUUGUGUUUUAGGAGAGAUGCUUGCCCCUCCAUGUCCACUGAUCCCACAUCUGCCUUCAGCCAGCUUUGCAUAGAAAAUGUUUUUAAGGAUUGGGUCUUGGGGCCAGAGUGAUGGCUUGCUGCUCUCGAAGAAGACCAGAAUUUGGUUCCUACCAUGGCGUCAGUUUGCUUGCGACUGCCUGUGAUUCUAGCUCUAGAAGAACUGACAUCCUUUUCUGGCUUCUGAGGAUGCCUGCACUCACGUGCA